UCUGUUGACUUUAUAAGUAGUCAGUACGAUGGAAUCAUGGAACAGCUACAGUCAAUUAAGGCCAAAUUGAAUGGGUUAGACCACAGAUGCAAUGAAUUACGCCUUGCUAUUGAUGAAAUGCAGGCUUACAGCUAUCAGUAUAACAUCAAAAUCUUUGGCUUGCCUACUUUCGCGGAGCGAGAGAACUCAGAGUCGACGGUUAAAUUAUGUAUACAGUUGUUUCACUCAAUGGGUGUGAAGGAUGUUUCCAUGCAACAACAACAACAACAACAACAAGUUUAUUUCAAAUUAAAUAUAGCUUACAAAGCUUGUGCCCGCAAUUAGCGAAGGCUAUUCGAGGCGGGUACAAGAGAAAAAGGAAAAUUGUAUAAAUAUAUAUAUAUAUCUAGCCGGAUUUAUGAAAACCGUACCAUGGGACUCCAGGAGCCCACACACCUUAACCCGACUCAACUAAAGUAAAUAUCGCCAAGAAACUCAGCUCUUACCCAUGGUUCUCUUAAGGUGACUCUCUUCUUGGUUCCUGAUUAGCAAAAGAAACAUUCAAGUCCAUCAAAAAGACACUCUGGACUUGUCCAUACACUCUAGCUGCUUAAAGGCCCUAAAUGACGGAGGACGCUUGAGACUUAACCAAGUUCUAAGCAGAGAAUUCAAGGCUAAAUCACCCCCUGACUUCCCCCACCCCCCCCAGCCUAGCACGUGCUUGAGGAGAAUGCUUUCAUUGGACAAUGGGCCUCAAACGUUACAAGAAUUUGACAUGACAAACUAAAGGCAGACAUGACCAGUGCACUGACUUUUCCCAGAGCAGGACCAACUGAAGGUACAACGCUUUUGCAGCACCUUCCCCCCCUAGGGAUUGACAUGGAGGCCCCUUUCCAACCCAUGGCGAGUUAGCUCAGGGACUGAGCUUGACAAUGAGACCAACCAGGACAGCAAGCCCCCUAUGUUUUUUCUCACCGCAGUGACCAGAAACCUGGCUAUCGCCAGCUUUCUGUGCGAAUAUUCUGGCCCAUUUUGAGGUAUGUUUUCAAAAAUUCGGCUAGAUAUAUAUGUUAAACGAACAAUCCUAGAAGCAAUCUAGUUUGUCGUGUGGUUUAUAGCCAGAGUGAGACAGGAAGGCAGACUGUACUUCAUACGGAAGCACACCAUGUUACGAUUUUGAGAAUUGCCCUGUAAUAUCAGAAACUCUACUAUAGUCCUCCUCUUUUUCCAGUAUUUCAAAGAGUUUACUCUUUAGUUCGCUUUUGAAUUGAUUUUUUUUAAGUGUUUUCAUAGAAAGUGGAAUUCUGUUCCAAAUUAAAGCACCGGAAAUAGAGAAGGCUCGCUUCAUAUUUUCAGUUCUAACUUGUUCAACAUAGUAAUUUUCAUUAGUAACAGAUCUAGUCCGGUAACUGUGGACAGAAGACAGUUUCGUGAACAUAUUCUUAAUGUUAUCAGGAGCGAGAUUAUUAUGGACGUCGUACGUUAAAAGGCUCAUUUGCUCAAAUAGCAAGAACGAUAUCGGCAACUGUUUUGUUUCUAAAAACAACGGAACUGCAUGAGUUCUUGGUUCAGCGAAGAACAUUAGCCUAAGGGCUCGAUAUAGCCCACCGCGUUCCUGCUCGUAAAGCUUCAAGUCGACCGAACGGCCCAUAAUUUGCAAGUUUGUUAGGAGACAAGUCAAAGAAAGAGUGAUGGCAGCACGGAAAGAGGUUUCCAAAGUCACCCCGAGUCAGUUGGGUUAGGGCGUUGAAGUGUCAUUGUUACGGUUUGGUAUUUACGAUCACUUAUCUCCUCUUAACCAAGCACUGUUAACCGAGGCAAAAAAGGUUCAACAAGCCAAGGGCUUUAAAUUCUGCUGG